CGUUGUCCGUGAUGUUGGAGUUUUCAAGUUUUUUUCGUUUUCGUUUUCGUUUCGUUUUCGUUUCGUUUGCGUAAACAAAAUUGUGUCAAGAAAAGAAACAAUUUUGUUUCGGUCGCCGUUAUUUUUUUCAAUCUGAAAUAGAAAAAUUUUCUUUACGCUAUCGGUCGCCAUUUAUAAAAUCGGUAUUCACUGAUGAUGGUGAUGAUGUCACCUGUUUGUAUGAUGGUCGUCGAUAUGAUCUUUGAUCUCAACUAUACAAUCCAAUCUCUUUGCAAAUGUUGAGUUGUGGCUAUACACAUGACCACAGAGUAUAUAAAUAUAAAGGAAACCGAAAAUCUGCAGAAAUCUGGAGCCAUCAUUUCGUUGUCGAUCGUUACUUGAUUGAAACUAAAGUUUUGUGGUUCAUUCAUUGAUCGGUUGAUUGUUUGUUUGUUUGUUUCCUUGGAAAAUUUUCAAAAUGAUUUUCAUUCAUAAUAAAAUGAACAUGGCGUUUUUACUGAUCAUUUCUGUGUUCAUCAUUCGGCAAUGUGUAGCUGAGGAAAAUCUAGGUCCUCAUCCUCAUCAGAUUCCAGCAGCAAUCGAUUCUUAUCAUCAGGUCCGUUAUAUUCAAGUUCCACCGAAUAAACAUGCAAAAGAGCCACAGAUAUACACGGUUACAACGAAUUCAUUACCAAUGAAAUUAUUGUUUCGUAGCACUUCAAGUCGAUUACAGAUUGAUCAACAUGAUGAUCACAUACCCGGUACGAUUAGGCCAAUGAUGUCGCAGAAUCAUUUGCGUUAUAGUGCUCCACCACCACCACCACCAUCACCACCACAGUCAUCACAAAUACAGCAAUUACCUUUGAACAUGAUUAUAUCGCCCACUAUCAUUCCAACAACAUUGUUACCAUCUGAUCCACAGCAAUUGAUUCCAUUAUUACCUGCCGGGCAAUUGGUUCAAUCACAACUGCCACAACAAUUUCUAAUGCCAUUGAAUAUCUAUCCACUGAUGAUGCCGAUCCACAAUGGUGGUAAUAGCAAUUAUGCAAAUUCUUUGCCAAACGCCAAUCGACCUUCAACUCUCAAUCAUUUAUCCGGUUUUCUUCUACCAAUCAAUCAUCGGUCCACCAAUUUGUUCGGUGGUGCCGUUUGGAAUCCAAUUGGUUGAUCUGUAUGAUGACGACGAAACGAAUUUCUCUUUGUCCAUUUGAUUGGUUGAUUUUCAUUUGUUGUACAUUAU